AUGCUUAACCCAAGUGAUGGAGUGUUGGUUCGUAACUUGAGAGAACGUGAGGGACCAGCAAAACUUAUAGCUUACUGGGAAGAUAAGAUACACAUUGUCGUCGAACGAAAAGGGGUCAAGAUAGUCCAAUGUACAAAGUAAAACUGGGAGAAGCUGAAGGAAGAGUACGUGUUCUUCAUAGAAACCUAUUUCUUCCUUGCUUGUGUGAUGUUACCCUGAGUGUAUAUCCCCACCGGGCAGGCUUGAAAAAUAUGCCUGGCCACGGUGGGAAUCGAACCUACGACCUUUGGAAUACUAGCCCAAUGCUCUGCCAACUGAACUACGCGGUCAGGUCGGUUCGAGUAAGCGAUAUUUCGGAACUGAGUCUAGUUCCUUCGAUAUCAGUGUAAUCUAAUAAUAUUUCUUCCUUGUUACUUUUUGGAGCAACAAUCGGCAAACACAGAGAACAAGAGGAACCGCAGAAAUCGAAGAAGCGACCUGGCAAGAAAACACCCCACGUCACUGACGAAGUAACGAAUCAAGCACGAGAAUCCGACACGAACGAGGUUAUAACCUGUGAAGAAAACAAAUUGGCCAAAAGAUCGAUAUUCUUGCGCGAAACUCGUAACCGGAAGAUCCCAAUCUGUUAAAUGUCAUUGACCAAGGUGAAGAAGACCAACACGGGAAAGUCUUCCCAACAAUGGAAUCGAAAACGCAAAUGCACCAGUGCAAUAAGCCGAGAGAACACCCGCAACGAGUAGGGUGUUCGCCAAAAAUACAAAAUAGUUGCUAGAAUUAUUACCUGUAUUUUAAGUAAUAUUAAUAAUGCAUUUGGAUCUGACUUACUAUGGCUCGCUUGAAAAUCAGAUACGGAUCGGCAGUUCAUGUUUUAAGUAUAUUACGUAUUAAUACAUUAACAAUUAAACCAUAUAGAACGCUAAUUACUGCAUGCACGUUUAGUCAUAUGAUUAUUUCAUAAGUUCGAAUUAAACUUUUCCGCAUGGACAUGAAAAACUGCAUCACAGUGGAAUACAUAUCUUGAAGUGUCUGUGCCAGUGUAGGGAGUGACAAUAAUAUGAACAAACUUUCGUUGGUAGGGAUGCAACUACCUGAAAAAUAUAAGGAGAAUUUCGACGUCUCGAGCGAAGGCUCUCCGUCUGGACAGUACAUUCUUACUGAGUCCACCUUUAAAAGUGUAAUGGAAGUCGAUUGUUCUCAACCUUGCCAAAAAUUGUUAAGUCUACCUUUAUGUCUACACCCUGCAAAUUCACAUGGCCACGAUCACAUAUUUUCUCAAAUCACAAUAUUACCAACUCGAACAGACUUGACCUCGUAGCUCAGUUGGCAGAGCAUUGGACUAGUAUCCCAAAUGUCGCGGGUUCGAUUCCCACCGUGUUCAAGCAAACUUCAACUUGCCCGGUGUGGACGCACACUCAGAGUAACAUCACAAACAUCAUAUUCACCUGAGUACAUAACACCAACACACACAAAAAACAUCAUAUCUUAGAAUACACUGAUAUCGAAGGAACUAGACUCAGUUCUGAAAUAUCACCAACUCGAACUCGUAGCUCAAUUGGCAGAGCAUUGGACUAGUAUCGCAAAGGUCGUAGGUUCGAUUCCCACCAUGGUCAGGCAAACGUUUCAGCUUGCCGGUGUGGAUGCACACUCAGAGUAACACCACAAACAUCAUAUUCACCUUAGUACAUAACACCAACACACACACAAAAAACAUCAUAUUUUAUUUUAUUUGCUCAUCAAUUUCAUUCACCAUGAUGAUGAGCUGCAAUCUGUCCUUGCGCCUUAAUGACUUUAUCAUUCCCGUUGUCUUUAGAAACUAGUUGUGAAACCUGAUCAGUUGAUAAAAAGACGAGGAAAACUUGGAUUGGUAAAAGUUAAGGCUGAUUUACAUGAAGUACAGGAUUGGAUUAAGGCACGUUUAAACCAGGAGAUUCAGGUAAUCUAUAAAUAAUGAUAAGUAAUGUAAGUCUAUGUGUCUUCUUUUUCAGAGUUCUUGAAAAAUGUGCAUAAAACCUGCAUGUGACUAUAAACAUCAUCUUUUACUGUAGAUUGGUCAGACUAAAGGAGUUUUGAAGAGAUUUCUUAUCGAACCAUUUUUGGAACAUAAACAAGUAAGCACAAGCUCAGGGAAUUGAAAAAGAAGUAUUGAUCAUAUAUUUAUUAUAAAGUACUAUCUAUAUUCUUUUUGUAUGGUUGUUUUCUAUUAGUUUAUAUUUUGCCUUUCAAUAGAACUUAAAUUUAUCUACAUUAUAUGCAUGUUUUUCUCCGAUUUUACACAUUCUUUAAAAUUCACGUUGUUACACAACUUUUUAUUAUCGCAUAAUUUUUCAUCAACUUAUUAAAUAUCUGUGGCAACUGCCUAAGUGUUGAUCACAUUUUAAACGAAUGUGCAGUGCUCCGUCCGAUACAGGGUUUAGUACUGUUUAAUAAACGAGCAGGAGUGUUUUAUUAGCUCACAUGAGCGCGCAGCGCGAGUGGUUUUAGACCUAAUAAAACACGACCUGCGAGUUUGUUAAACGGCUUCAAACACGACUACAAAUUCAAUAGAUAUCCUGCCUCAUUAGUAUUCUUUAUAUAAAGAAUACUAAUGAGGACACGACUACAAUAGAUACUACCUUAUUAGGGAGUAUUCUUUAUAUAAAGAAUACUAAUUAGGAGUGUUUUAUCAGGUUUAGAGCCACUGCACGUGACAUAUUAUGGUUGACAUGAUUUGCCAAUAACCUUAUGAAUUAUUAAUGAGUGUUUGAAUGGCCUUUUAAAUCUCAGUACAGAAACAGUACUAUGAACUGCAUCUGUCAGGCGACGGAUAAAAAAAAAGAAAGAAGAAGAUGAAUAAUGUGUUUUAUUAUACGGAAACGUCCUUAGUGAGAAAUAAAGUUAUGUUUGUGUAUCGUUAUCCGAACUAAACUACAUCACCUAAUAUAACGCCAUUAACGGCUAACUAUUAUUUUCAUGUAUUCCUUUGUUAAUUAGGAGGAAGAAUUUUAUGUGUGUAUAUAUGCACAACGAGACUGUGAUACAAUUUUGUUUCACCAUGAAGGAGGUGUUGACAUUGGUGAUGUAGAUAGCAAGGUUAGCACCGCGAAUACAGAUAUAUUAGAAAAAUGCGGAGUUUUCUAGGUAGCUCUGUGACAACUAUAGUUGUUUUCUGUACAUGAAAUGAUCGUCAUUAAUUUGUUUGUUUUGCUUGUACAAUCUGUCAAAGCUGAGGAAAGAUUCCUGACUUGAUCCUGUCGUUGCCCGACGCCCUGCCAGCCGUUGACAUUUGGCCUUAAGUCAAUGAAAAGUCAAUGAAUUGGUCAAUGUCUAGAAUGAAUGUUAUAUUUGUUAUGUCAUUUUAUGCCUUCCCUCUGCACAUAUACACAAUUACUAAAGAGUAUCACUUAUAUUUGUCAUGUUAUUUUGUUUGCAGCUUCAUAGUUAGUUGAAUUUGUUUGCUUUGCUUUCAUAAGCUGUUAAUACUUCUAAAAAAAUCCUUUGUUUCACACGGUGCUUAAACCUGCAAAUUGCUAGCCUGACACUCUGUCAUUUGCGCAAGUGGAACUCCAUGACAAUGCUUCAUAUGUUUGUCAUAUAAAUAUUCUAUUAUAAGUUCUGUGGAGUUUGAUGUACCAUACUGAAUUAUAUAUUUUUACCCCAAGGCGAAAAAAUUGGAUAUUGCUGUUGGAGAGUCAGUUGAUGUCGACAAGAUUGAAAAUGAGUUACUGACAAAUGUUUCAGGAGAAACGAAGAGGUUUCUAUAAAGUUAUCAAUUUUAUAAAAUAUACACAUAUAGCCCGCGUGCAGGCCCAAGGGAAGACUUGGGCCUGCACGCGGGCUAACACACAUACAGUUAUCAAAGUUAUACUUUUCGUAUUGUACUUUGACGUGUUUAUACUACGUUUUUGUACUUUGAGUAUACUAUAUGUAAGUAAAGUCUUCUGUCGUUGGUUACAGUAUGUUGCACUUUCCUUUCCUAUACUAUUUUUUUUAUAAACUUUGUCAUAAAUGACAGGUUAACCCUACAGAGCUUACUGCUCCAUUUACAGGGUCCCUAAUAAUAUGUAUAUAAAAAAACAUUACAUUAUUUACAACACAUUUUAUCCACAAGAUUGGACAACGGACGCCACGAGUGACACUUGACACAUAUACUUUUAAACGUUUGUGUAGCAUUAAUGUUAUAUAUUUGUUUGGUCAUUGCUUCAUAAUAAGUUAUCAGGUAAGACUUGAAUUGGCUGACAGUAACGCUUGCUUCUCGAAUCUGUGGUGGUAGAGAUCAUGCAGUUCGUAUGUACAAUGUAUCAUGUGUAUGAAAACUACUAAGAAUUCUUUAAAUUUAUAUAUUUUUGGGUAAUCUGUCUCUCUGCCAUUUUUGGGCUAAUCUGUCUCUUUUUGUUAUGCUUUUGUUUAAUAGGCUACUGGUAAACUUCAUAUCUGCUCUCUUUACAACAUUUACUGAUCUUUAUUUUACGUAUCUGGAAAUAAAUCCCCUUGGUAUGUUUUCAUAACUAUAAAUUUAUAACUUAGGCUCAUCCAACUUUAUGUAACUUAUAUAUGUCGUUAUGAUUUGACUUUAAAUUACCAUUUAGAAAAUAAUAUAAAUAUGUUUGGUGUUUCUUCUAAUCAAUUGUGUCAUAGUCUUUAUGCGUAUUUUUCAGUUAUCGUGGGCAAUGGCAUUCAUGUUUUGGACGUUGCUGCAAAACUCGAUCAAACUGCAGAUUUCAUUUGCAAGCCAAAAUGGGGAGAAAUACCAUUUCCUCCUCCGUUCGGACGAGAAGCUUUUCCUGAGGUAAAGAUUUGCACGUUAUAUAGGGCACGACUGGUUAUUACCGUUAUAACCUCUGAUUUUAAUUUUAGGGUUGUAUUAUAAUUCUCUCGUAAUUGAAAGAUGUUGUGUGAAAAAAUGUGAGCGCUUCAACAUUUCAGCGAAGGCCACAGCCUUCGUUGGGCCUUCGCUCGAAACGUGGAAUUUCUGCAUUAUAUAUUUUUCACGUACUGUAGCCGGAGGUACGCCAAUAUUACGGUCUGGUACGCCUUUAUUUUCAGCGACGUACUACGUAGGUACGUGGUACUCUUCUGAAAAAGAUACAUAUCUCAAACGUAGGGUCCAGUGUAGGUAGUAUUCUUCAAUAUGCUGGAGUGGUUUGUGUCUGAACUACCUGAAUAAGAUAUCUCAAACGUAGGAUCCAGUGUAGGUAACUGCGUAUACUUAACUUUUUGGAACCAUCUGGACCUUUCCAAGCCCAAGGUAUUCAAUACCGUAAUUUAGUUGGUAUAUGUAAGUCUGACAUGUCUUGGCAUGAAACAUGAUUAGACUGAUAGCACUAAGGCAUGUUGAGGUCGAUUGUAUAGUAGUUUAAAUAAAUUUUUCAGAAAACUUGUUCUUUAUGUACUUUUUGUAUAAAGACUAAGUACACAUUGAGUAUUGUAAUUGAGUUGGUUCUAGCGCAAGUACGCGGCAAUAAUCAUUGGCGUACCUGUCAGGUAUACGACUAAAAAUCUUGGAUUAUCGCAUGCUUCACACCGCAGCAAUUGGUGGAAACUGCGUGUAAAUUUCAGGAAAUAAUUCUGUGUUUAGGAAGCGUUUAUUGCCAAUCUUGAUGCUAAAAGUGGUGCAUCUCUCAAACUAACGGUAUUAAACAAGGCAGGACGGAUAUGGACAAUGGUUGCAGGGGGUGGCGCUUCAGUUAUUUACAGGUAAGACAGAUUAAGAAGCAAAUUGACGUAAGAGGGGGACAACAUCUUAAAACCGCCUUUUUUUAUUAAGACCUGUCUACACCGUACGACUAUAGUCGUAUGCAAUCCUUACAAUUCGUAGACAAAACAUCCAGGCGUACUUGUAUUUACUCGAAUAAACAUGUGUUAAGACCCAUUUCCACUCGAAACUUGAAAAUUUUCAACUUCAAAAUUUUAUACGACGUGUCACAUCAUGUAAACGGGCAUUUAGAAAAGGGCACAUGUUGUGAGGAAGUAACACUGUAUUCCCUAGUUCACUCAGGAACACAUGAGCACAUUCACUUUAGUCAAGUGUUAGUUAGUCUUGUGUUAUAAUGCACGCUUCUGGAAAGUACGUCACCUUGACUAUAAAGCCUCGUUUUCGUGAUUGAGAUGUUGGGCUUUAACUAAUGUCAAAUACACGAAAACGAGGCUCUACAGCCAAAGCGACGUACUUUCCGGAAGGGUGUAUUCGCGUCAUUGUUUACUCGUGUUUAGUGCAGCACUUCUUGAUCAGAUAAAAUGUGGUAAAGUUUAAGACUAAGGAUUUAAUUUAAAUAAACUAAGAUCAUAAUACGACUGGCUAAUAUUAAUGCAUAUUAAUGCAGUCUUUAGUUUUUUAUUGUUUAUUUCGAAUACAAAUUACAAAAAAAGGUAGCAAUAAUUUGAAUUUAGCGAAAUUAUAACCUAUGAAUAUAGCAAACGCUUCUAAAUUACUAGUAAAACAACAAAAAACUGCAUCCCAUGGAAAAUCCAAUUAACGACUAUAUUUCUGUUUCCGUAAUUUUAUAAAUCGUUGCCUUCUAAUUAGUGACACGAUAUGUGAACUUGGUGGUGCAUCCGAACUGGCAAAUUAUGGUGAAUAUUCUGGCGCUCCGACAGAAAGUCAAACCUAUCAAUAUGCUAUGACAAUUUUAAAGUUGUUAGCUGAUGGAGAACCGAGACCUGAUGGUGAGUCUGAUUAAAAAUCUCGUUAUCUUUAGACAUAGGCCGAACGUCCGUCAAGUUAAACUGAGUAGUCUUCCAUAUAUCGAUCAUUUGUCUCUAGUAGCAAUCGGUCCAACAACUCGAUGUUGAGUUCAAGCAAUUUUACUUCUUUCUUUAGGUAAAAUACUUAUCAUUGGUGGAGGAAUUGCAAAUUUCACCAACGUGUCCGCAACGUUUAAGGUAUGGCUUUUGUUCAUGGCCAGAUUUUGAGGGGAGGUGCGCAAGCACUUUCUCGGUGUGUCGUCAUGGGUUGCCUAUAUCUGCUUGAGAUUAGGAGCUGCCAUCUCAACGACCCUCUGCUCAGGCUCAUAAAUGUGAACGAUAAUGAACUUUUUCAAUUAAAUAAUCACUAGUAUACUACAACACAACACAACAUUACCAUCUCUCAACCAGGGUAUCGUUCGAGCACUUCAAGAAUACCAACGACAAUUGAUCAGACAUAAAGUGACUGUUUUCGUACGGCGUGGUGGUCCAAACUACCAAGAAGGUUUACGAGUCAUGCGAGAAGUCGGUGAGGCAUUGUGCACUAUUAACAUAUUUUUGUUUUAAAUUUUUUUGAAGCAUUAGUUCAGUUUUCACAGGCCAGAGGCGAGGAUUAACCUGGUUAUGAAAUUGUGUUUCUUUAAGGUGCAACCCUUGGUGUUCCAGUACAUGUGUUUGGUACUGAGACUCACAUGACUGCAGUCGUUGGUAUGGCAUUGGGUAAACGUGAAAUUCCUAAACAACUUGUGUUAGACUCAAACACUGCAGCCGAUAUGUUCUUCAAAUCCGCUGAUCAGGUACGUUAGCGAAACAACUUACUUUGCACUGAAGUGAAUUUCACAAUUUACAAAACAAAUAAUUCGCGUCGAAGCGUGAAAUCUCAUUUUUCUCACGUUUCUUCGAAGUUUUCGUAUAUUUAAAAAGGUUACAUUGUUUCACUUUUCUUAUAAAUGUAACUGAAAUGACAAACGCAUAUGUGUUUCUGUAUUUUAGGGUCCAGUGUUGGCUCAAACAAAACGCAUCAUCUCCGCAUCAGAUUUAGAAAGUAUGAAAUCGGCAAAGUCUGCUCAAGGUCCUGAUGUCCAGGAAGCAGAACCGCUGUUUCAUAAUAUGACGCGAGCCAUUAUAUGGGGAAUGCAGUCUCGGGCUGUACAGGUAUUUUACUAACACAACUAGUAUAGGAUUUUUGCCUAAUGAUACUAUGAUGUACUGAUUUCCUGAAAUAUCUUGUUUGCACAGUGGUUGCUGCAUGUUCACCUCUGUGACUGGAGAUCCAUUCCUGCGGCAAAUGUUUGCAAUUUUUUCAUGUAAAACUACCAGGAACGUAAUAUGCAGUUGUCUGAGUAUUAUUUUGCCUUCAUCGCAUCUGAGAGGAGUGUUUCCAGCUGGACCAAACACCUUUUGUUUUCUCUGCAUUCCUCCUGCAGUAACCCUCAUGGACAAGUAUAAGACAACGUAGCUCCAAAUGAUUAUGAACUUGAUGAACGGUCGCACCUCGAACAACGACCAUGGGUCGAUGAGCGCCCCCACCCCCGCUGCCAAAUCUGGCUGGAUCCAUCCCUGUAUAAGCGAAUGCCCUUACAUGCCUACUGCAGAGAAAAUUUAAAGCUGGUAGAGCUAUCCAGCAAGAAUAAUUUCGUGCAUGAGUUAGUUUCCUUUUGAACUAUGCUCUAUAUAUACCUACUGUAUUAUUGCGCAUCGAUUGUUUAGACAUGAGAACGCGUUUAUUUUGUAGGGUAUGCUUGACUUUGACUAUGUUUGUGAACGUCGAUUGCCAUCUGUUGCAGCCAUAGUGUAUCCUUUUAGGUAAAUGGAAAGUUAAUUUGUUACGUACAGUAUUUGGU